UAGGUCUGCUGAAACAAAAUAACAGAUACAACAAUGCAAUGGUAAUAAUGUUGUUAUCUUUAUGGUUAACCUAACCUUUCUUGGUUUAUUGUAACGUAACAAAUCUUUGCUAUAGAGUCUAAAAGCUUUUAGGCCUACUAGCCUAGCUGAAAGUGUGAAUGUUCACCAGUGUAAAUUAUAGAGUAGGUAAUGAUCGGAAUAUCAAUACUGAGAUCCACUAUUCUUCAUUGCGCAAGAGGUGUUGGUACAAUCCAUGAUCUGAACAAGCCCAUUAUUAGUUCUCUUUUAUUAAAUCACUGUACAAUUAACUGUUAUUCAAGUUGUAAAUCAAAGAAAAUGAGUGCUGGAGAGCAAAUUUCGACCUCAUCGGACUUCUUUUUCAGACAGUUGUUUGACUCAGAGAGCAGUACCUAUACAUAUCUUUUGGCAGAUGUUAACUCUAAAAUAGCAGUGUUGAUAGACCCAGUCCUUGAGCAAGCAGAGAGAGAUGCACAACUGAUCAAAGAGCUUGGGUUCACUCUAAAAUAUGCUAUGAACACACACCUCCAUGCAGAUCAUAUAACAGGGUCUGGUAGACUGAAGCAGUUGUUGCCGGGCAGCCGCAGUCUGAUUGCUCGUAGCAGCUGUGCCGAGGCUGACGUACAUGUCACUCCCGAGGAUGUCAUACAGUUUGGAUGUCAUUCCCUCUCGGUCAGGUCCACUCCAGGACACACCAAUGGUUGUGUUAGUUACGUGAGUGAGAAACAGGGUCUGGUGUUCACGGGAGACGCAGUUCUCGUCCGAGGCUGCGGAAGAACUGACUUUCAGGAAGGUGACGCAGAAACUCUCUACAACUCAGUUCACACACAAAUAUUCACUUUGCCUGAUAACUUCAAGAUAUUUCCAGCUCACGACUACAAAGGGUUCACCUACUCGACCGUGUUGGAAGAGAAGACUUACAAUCCUCGACUGACUAAAUCCAAAGCUGAGUUCAUCAAACUGAUGAACAAUCUUAAUUUGCCAUAUCCUAGGAAAAUAGACGUAGCUGUUCCGGCCAACAAGAAGUGUGGUGUCCAAUAAACACGAGAGUUAGACAGAGCUUGAUUGUGAUUGAAGCUGGAAGUUUAUAACAUAAAAUUAUUUGUGAUUAGA